CGAUGGGUCGCCAGGUGACGAUCGUCUUUGGGAAGCAGUCGGCGCAGCUGUCGAUUGACAGUGACGCAGUGCUGCCCGUGGCCGAGCUCAAGGCGCGCAUCGAGCCGCUCUUUCAUGUCCCGGCGACGGCGCAGAAGCUGCUCUGUCGAGGCAAGGAGCUCAAGACAGGCGCGACGGUAGAUCUCAGCACGCUGCCAUCAACGGCCAAGAUCAUGCUCCUUGGACAGCCUAGUGCUGCACCACGCGCACCAGCCGCAGCACCGAUGCCGGCAGAGGAGCCCGCGCGUAUCGCACCUACGGCUGCGCCGCCCGUCCUUGUCCUCCUUGACAACCAAACGCAGGUUGACGUUGUCCGCGGCAAGGCGCGCUGGUCGUUUGCAAUGGACCAAGGCGCCGACAUUGCCAGCGUCAAGCAGCGAGUGGAAGCUGCGACGGGCGUACCGGUGGCGCGCCAGCGGCUGCUAAGUCGCGGCAAGUACCAUGAGAACAGGACGGUGGUCUCGUCGCUUGCGAGUCGGCGCAAGACGACGUUGAUGCUGCUCUACGACGAGCUGCAGCACACACACAUGGAUAUCGACCGCAUGACGACCGAUAUGGAGCUCGAGCUCGCGGCGUAUGCGGCUCAGCUGCGCGAGCUCGACGCCAAAGUCGCGCGGAAUUUCUUCGAUCCGGCCGACCUGAAGCUCACGCUCGCGCACCUCUUGGACCAAGUCGAAAUUCUGCUCAACAACGCGCAGAUCGCUCUCGAGACCAAGUCGUCGCCGGCGCUCGUGGCCGUGCAGACAGCCAUCGCGGCGCUGCGCCAGGAUAUCGAGGCACUCAUCAUGGACAGUCGCACGCGACAUGCUUAGUCCUCUGGGGUCUGAGAAUUUGCCUAUUGAUAUAAUUAGUGUCCAACUCGAUAUGGCGAUUCUCC